UAGUACCAAUCGUACAAAUCUAAUCCUUCGCACAAAACACACCCAAAGUGAUUGUUGAAAAAGAAGUAAAACCGUCUUUUAAUAUGUCAAAAUUUACGGGUCGGGGCUAUCGGGAAAGUGGAUAAGCCUUCCGCUGCAUCGUCGUCGUCUCCUCUAAACUACAGCACCACCACCGCAUCGGAAUGUCCACCACCGCCGCCGCCGCCGCGUGCCGUCUUGGUUGUAGUAUCCACUUCUCACUGGUGAAGCAAAGAAACCGAAACUGUAGCUCUGGAGUGAGGUGUUCAACGUUACCUCAGAGGAGGUCAGGGGAGAGUAGGCGAGCAGUCUCCUUGUCCCUCGUUCUUCUCCAUUUCGCCGCUCAAUCUAAAGAAGCAAUGAGCGCCGGCAUUUUCGACAAAUACAUGAAAAAGAAAAAGCUUGAUCCAUUGGAAUCUUAUGUACCAGCUGUUCUAUUGACUGAGCUCCAAAUUGAGGAAUUGGGGCAAUAUCUCGAAGUUGAUCAACCUAAAUUUGCUGAUUGCCGAAGUCUCUUAAGAUCCGGUCCUGCAUCAUCUCUGCGUGUCAAUAUCCGGGCAGUAGCACAGUAUGCUUCUGAAGCUGGCAACGGAAAAUCUGCAUUCGAUGAGGUAGAUCAGUGCUUAAGAGCCUUAGAGGAACUCGAUUCUUUACUCCUACGAGCAUCAAGAAAUGAGUCGGAGACUUCAGUUGAAACAAUGAAAGGCAAAGUUGUGACUGCACUGAAUGCACUGGACAGCCUUUUGAAAACUGUCCCGAGCGAGGUGCUGGACAAAGGCAAGGCCAUGGCCGAGAUGUACUUGAGUCCCCGGGAUGAUGAUUCCUCGCGAGCUCAAGAUCUCGAUCCUCAGCUGAAGCAGUUAGAAUCAAUACUGUGAAAUUGUGCCAGCCUCGACGAGCUUCGACUCGAAACUCCAUAAUGCACACAGACAAACAGUGGCUACACAAUGUACCUAAGGUAUGUAUACAAGUGAAGUUUUGAAGUUCAAAGUAUAUAGAGGUUGCUUUGAUAUUAUUUUGGUUUAAUUUCA